UCAAAAAAGAAAACAUUACUUUGCUGUCUUUGCUGCCAGAUGUCUUCCUUCCAAAAAUAGGGUAAAUAUAAACACUUGGGGUUUUUGCCUUACUCACUGAAAUGGUAGAAGGUACCUUCAGGGCAAUAAAUAAAUAUUUUGUGAGGGAAGUAUUUCAAGGUUUACUAAGUCUUUAAGUUAAAGUGUUCCAUAAUGGUUUAUUUUACCUUUAUAAAUUACUAUGAAAAUAUUUUAUGUAAAGGAAUAGGUAGCUCAUGAGCAACACUACUUCAUGUCAAAUUCUGCAUCUUCCAACUCUGAUUUGCUUCUCUGGUUGAAGGUAAGAGACUGCGGUAGAGGGGACAGAGCAGUGAUUAGGGUGGACGACAAGCUGAGUAAGCUGCGCUGAGACUUCAGGUAGAGAUUGGCUUUUUUUUUGUGAAUCUCUUUUCUCAGUGACAUUUCCAAACCAGUAACUAUUUGAAAAUGGAGUUGCCUUGGUUUCUCUCACCUUGGCUGAAGAGGAACUGUCUUAAAGGAAGAGCUGAGAACAACCUCCGCAGUACUCUGUGCCUUUGUCUUCAGAGCCCUGAGAGACAGAGGGUGGUGGAGCCAACCCCCCCGGGCGGAGGAGCGAUUCUGGUCCUGCCCUCUGUGAUAUGGGGUGCCGUCAACACUGGGCGGUGGGGCAGAAGAGGAACUAUGGCAGUUUCCUCUAUUUGAUUGGAGCGGAAUUUGCCUGGCAUGCCACAAAAUCCUCAGCAAGACCCAAAAUAUGGUUUUGGGAAGCCCACUGCCCUCGGGCUGCUGUCACAAAGAAAUUCACAGAGGUCAACGGGAAAGACGGUGUUUAUCCUAAACAGAUGAACCAUGGUUUCGGUUACCUUGUUGGUGAGACUAACUGGAAUGGGCAACAAAGGAUCCAGCUGAUGAACGGGCGGAGAACUUAUGAGGAGACAAAACUCUGUAAAGCUAUCCUGUGGGAAAGUCAAGGGAGCAUUUAUGAUGACUGCAUUAAAUGUUACAGUAAUCUUUCCAGCCCGGGGAGGGCCAGAGUGCAGUCACCAUCUGUAAGAGGAAAGCCAGAACUCCGUCAUUCAGACCUGUUUUCUUUGGAAGAUGUGCCAGGGGCCCAUCACUCCCAGCACCUGCGCUCUGCCCUGACGCUUCCCGCUGGGUGCUGCCAACGCUCCUGUGGGUUCCGUGACCCCUGGAUGAGUUUGGAGGAAAUCAGCCCUUGCACCAGAGCUGUGUGCUGGAUCAGAUAAUCUAAUGAGAGGUCUUGAGUUUUCCUGUGAGCUGUAAUUGUUGUUAGCCCCAGGGGCACUGCCCAAGGUGGCCGCAGAGAACUUGUGUUUUCUAACAGUCAGCAAGCCUCAGCUACUGGAACCCAAAUCUUGUGUGUAUGGAUGGGGAACGAGACCUUUUAGCUUGGCUGAACCACAAAAGUUACCUCUACAUGAUUUUUUUUCUGACUAUCUACUACCCUUUUUCCUUGGGGAUGCGGACAUCUCAGCUGCCCUCACUGAUGACUGAAGAAAUUUUAUUUCUUAUUUUAUAAGAAAGAAAAAUACUCAAAGGUCACAGUAUCCUCUCAGAUCAUGCGAUUUGCUCCAUGACAUCCAAUGGUUCCUAUAAUGGAAGUGUUUCUGUAGUAGCGGUGUUGAAGCGACGGUGGGAAUACUGGUAGGAAUUUACGUUCUGUGUACUUCAAAAGUAGGAGCUGCUUCAAAGCGCUGCCUGUGAAAAUACGUGAUUUUUAAAGCAAGACUCUUCACUGAAAUGCUACAGGGAUCAGAGGAAACCUAUGGGCUGGCCAGAAGGCCAUCCCAUCUCUGACUUCCAUUUGCCGCUAACUUGAUGCUAGUGGGGAAGAAGGCGAGCCCACUCCAAGCCUGCUCUGCAUUGCUGAGGAUGCGCUCCAGCCCUCCCACUGGCACCUGCCUCCUGUCAUCUGUAACAUGCUCACUGCUCCAAGCUCCUGGGAACAACCCUGGACCUUCAGUGGUUUCCACUCCUUCGUGUCUGAGGGGCUGAGAGAGGCGCUUUCUGCCACGGCUCAUAGUAGCUGCUCAGUUUUUAUCCAGUGUUGGUAGCAGGACGCCCACAAGUUAACAUGGAUCGAGGAUAUUCAGUCCUGGAUCACAACCCAGUGAGUGGAUCAAACUUAGAUCCAGCAUACACAUCAGGUGAGCAGAUCUCAUUCUUAGACCUGCCUUAAUUAAUCCAGGCAGAUGUACUUUGCUGCAGUUGGAAAGAAGGCUUGAGGAUGAUGGAAACUAAGUGUAUGACAGCAGACCAAAAUAAGUCGCAUUCUCCUUGGUGAAGCCCAUACCGAAGCCACUGGGUCCCUACCCUGGGGGUGGGAAGGCUUUCCUCACAACGAAGCAGUCAGUCAGCCUGUUUAUGGUGAUUCAUCCAGUGGCCACUUAACAGUAAUGUGCGCAAAUUGUGAGAGAUGAUUAAUUUUUCUCCCACGAGUCUUAAGGGAGUUGGUGGUAGAUGGCUCAGAUUCAGCGUUCCACUGUAGCUCUCUGCAGUGGGUGGGAUGAAUCCCACACCGGAGUCGUGGCCCAGGGGGAUGACAAGGUCAGUUUUGGGAUGGGUGAUUAUAUCUCGUGUGGCAAAUUAGGUUUUAUUUAACAUUUGAAUUAGUUACUUCCGGGAGGAGAAAAAACUCCAAAGAAAGAUAAGCAUGUUUUGAAAUACUGCAUCUGUCAGAGACAAAGCUGGAUGGGAGUAGAAAAUGCAGAGAAAUGGAAUUCAAAAGAACCACGUUAUUUUAAGAAAACAGAAAGAAGUCAAUUAUUUUAGCAGGUAAUUUGGGACAGCCAAGUAGAAGCAAGCCUUGCAGAUGAGGCAGCCUGUCAGCAGGUUGAGGAGGGGGAUUGGGACCUGUGGCAAUCGCGGAGCCACCCAAAGCAAAGACCCUCAGCUCCCUGCCUUGGCUUCAUGUGGCCAGGCACAGCCGGGGCUCAAGGCAGGGUGGGACAGGGGGCAACUUCUGUCCCUCUGGGACAUUCCUCAGGGUCAAGAGAGACAGGAGGUAGCAGAGAUACCGUUAAGAAGAAUUUUGCUUUAUUUCUGUUUGGAAUAUAACUUUUUGGAUUAUAUAGUCUUUCACUGACGUCAGAGUAAUAAAAAGCACAGACUUAGAGAAAAGACUUGAAACUGAAUAAAUAUUGUGAGAUGGGUUUGGUGUUUUUUCGUUAAGCAAAUUGAGAGUUGUCCUGGCCAAAAGUGCAAAUGAAAAUUGUAGCCCAGCUGGUAGUGCUGAAAACUGCUCAGAGUAAACCUGUGUGGCCAUGGAAUUUCAACAGUUUUGUGGGAUUUUCCCUCUGGACACAUAACACUUCAGGAGAAGGAGCAAACGGGUGAGCAAUUAAGCAUAUAAUUUAAGGUGCAAGGGUUUUAUUUUGAUCUUAAUCAACGGAAACCACUUUUUCCUUCCAAAGAAUUGCAGAAAAGCACCUGAUGUUCCCUAAAAAGAACAAGCUCUGUUCAUGCACCAUCACCGUGCCACAGUUCAGUGGCAUGUCGAAGCAGGUGCCAUGUCUUCUUUCAGCACUGUAAGAAGACAAAGCAAAACCAAAGAACCCCCAAAAUAUCACUCAAAAAGAAGAAGGGGAGGGGAAAAAAUGAGGUUUGUUGAGUGUAGAGGGGUUGUGCCUGUGCUUUGAUGCACUCAUUGAAUUUAGGAGGGCUGGUCUGCAGGCUUGGCUUGCACUUGGGGGCUAGGGGGUACGAAAAAAGGGGUCCUGCUCGCAGGGGAGGAGGAUGCUGAUGCUCAAUCCCUGCCGUUCCCUGCCAUCUAGUGGUCUACCAAAACUGUAGUCUUCUGCCCAGCAUCUUACGGCAGGAUCAGAAGUGAGGGAGGAUGCUCCCAGUGAGAGGCAGUGAGCGUUCUGCCACUGCACAGCCAGGCGACUGCGGUGCUUCUGCAUCCUUCCAUCCGCUCCUCGCUGCCCUUUCAUCUUCCUUCUCUUCAGAAGACGGCCAGAGGUCUUGGUCACUCGUUCUGACCUUGUCUAGACUGGCAAGAGCUUCAAAGUUUUACCUUGGGUGCUUGCUGGAUAACUAAGGGAUUUUGCCAGCGCUGAAGUGAAGGAUGGGGAUAUCACAGAUAGUACAGGCUUUUUGGUCCUUUGGUCCUUACUGGACUGGGUGAAGCAGCAUCCUCCAGGCUUGAAUGCCCUGAUGUGGGCAGCCGGGCCACAGGUGUGCUCCCAGCAUUGCUACCAGCCAUUCCCUGAUAGCAGCAAAUGGGUGAAACACUGGCAAACACUGGGAAAAAGUUCCCUGGUGAGGGCAACCCCCCACCCCCGGGGCCUUCCUUGAUAUUUGACCUGUGUUCCCGCAGUGGCAUCCACUCUUUCUGUGAGACUUUACCCUCACUUCACUAUUUGGAAAUAACUAUUAGAUUAGGAUGGUGAACUCAGAGGCCAAUGUUUAUAAUAAGAAGAAACGUGACUUGCAAAUGCAGGUGCAUGGGCUGCUCCGACAGUUCCAUCCCUCCUCUGUACCCACUCAUGGGGACUAUCAAAGUUGUUCUCUGUGUACACUUUCGGUAUGUUGAAUAGAUUUCAAGCGUAUUAUUUUUUCCCUGGAAAGACUUCGAGUUGUGUUCAGCUUUUUACACAAGCAGCGGCCCUGCGUGAAAGUAAUCCUAACCGGGGUAACAUCCAGGGUGGUGUUUUUGCAAGCAGGUUCAGAUUAUCAGGGUGUUUAGGAAAACCACCUCCCAGAGGAAGUAGGGUGCUUUGACACAUUCAUCCAAAAUUUCCAGUGGUGCAGAAAAGGAAAGACAACAGUGUGUGUUAAAAGUCUGGUACUUUCCACUUCACCCUUUGUGGUAAUGAGAUAAAGUAAAAACAGGAGAUUGCUUUGCCUUUUUUGUUUAUAUCCUUUCCCAUCCCCGCCCUGGAGAAAUCAGAGCAUAUCUAUUAGAAGUGGGGUGGGAUGGGCAGGUGAUUUCCCUGCCUGUGCUGGGGGCAGCAGGGCAGGAUCUGGCAGCCUGGACCUGUCCCAGCCCCCAUCCAGGAGCAGGGCAGCCAGGAGAUGGACAUGCCCCAUGGACAGCCCCAACCCUGGUCAUCAGGCACCCCCCUGGGGACAGGGGUAGAAUGUCAGCUCUUGAGCGGGGUCUGCUACCCCACUGUUCAAGCCACAGGUGAUGGAUGCACCCUCUAGGACACAGAGAGGACGCGCGUUAUUGUGGCCAGAACUGGGGCUUCUUGGCUGUGGUCCCAGCAGCAGGUGGUGUGGAUGGAUUAGGUGCCAUGCUCCUUCCCCGUUCUUUGCAGAGAGGUGCUCUUUUUGCUGAUGGUGGUUGUUUUGGACCACGGGGAGAAGAGCCACCUCCUUCUUGCCUGCCAAGCGGUCACGGUGGCUGUGGCUGCUGCAGCGUCCAGCCAGGCAGUGCAGCCUCCCCAGCAUGUGGGACCCUCUCCUAACUCUGCCUCUGUGGUGAGGGUGCUCCCCGCGCUCCCCGAUACAUCUAGGAGCAUGAUGGCCAGAGAGCUUUGACAGAUUUUAGCUAAGUUUGUGAAAGAUCUAAGCUAACUUCUCUUUCUGGUCUGUCUUCAGACCCUAUCCCAUGUAAGUGAGAUGCCAGAGCAUGUGUCUCGAUCGCCUUUGGUCAGGAUGGGUGUGCAAGGAAUUCUUGCAGUCCCCAACCACAGAGCAAUGAGCUGAGCUAUUUACGUGCAAACCCACCACCGAAAGAGCUCGGUUCUAUGUUUGGCCUGAUCAGGAUGCACACCUCUGGUUCCUAAGGUAAAAGGAUACC